AUGGGUUCUGCUGUGUACUACAGUAUUCUGAGCACUUUUAUCUUCACGGGCAUUCUUCUCGGGACCACAUUCGUUCUCAUACUCAACAUCGUGGAUGAUAUCGGUAAUUUUCAAAUGCAGGUUGUUGAUGAUAUCAGUCAAUUCAAGACCUAUGCCGACGAUGCAUGGACUGUGAUGAUGACCACGAAUAAAGCCAACCUAAAUCAACGAGAGAGCGUCUUCUACCAGUCCAUUGUUCGCACCAAGAGGCAGGGAUCAUACGUUACAUCAAGUGGCUAUGUUAGAAGUGGAGGAGAAGUAGCACGUGGCUAUGACAGAAGUGGUGGAGAAGCAGGAGUAAGAGGAGGGUGUCAGUGCGCAGCCCAAGCCUCUAGCUGCCCUCAGGGACCACCGGGACCUCCUGGAUUAGCUGGAAUACCAGGAGAAGACGGCAUUCCUGGAGAGCCAGGCCAGCCAGGUCGUCAAGGUGAUCCCGCUCCUUCGCCCUACAAAACCGGGUGCAUACAAUGCCCAGCUGGGCCUCCUGGACCACCUGGACCCGAUGGAGGACCUGGUCCAGCUGGAGCUCCAGGGAAUCCAGGACAAGAUGGACAAGGUGGCGGUUCAGGCCCUCCUGGCCCUCCUGGACCUCCAGGAGCACCUGGACAGAGUGGGAACCCCGGUGCACCAGGACAAGAUGGAAUACCUGGAGCACCAGGUACCCGGUCAAGAAGCAAUCCUGGGCCACCCGGUGGACCAGGACCUCAAGGAGCACCUGGUGCACCCGGUCAGAAUGGCAGUAGCUAUGGAGCAGGAGCACCGGGACCAGCUGGACCACCUGGUCCUCCUGGUAAUAAUGGACAACCUGGAAGCCCUGGAGGACCAGGACAGCCUGGUAUCAAUGGAACACCUGGACGAGAUGCUGCGUACUGUCCCUGUCCACCAAGAACUCGUGUACAGUAUCCAACACUUGGGCAGUAUCCAACUCCACCGAGAAGCGCAUUCAAUCGAUUGGCGGAAGCUAUGCGAGCCAACAAGCCGAUGCCUUCGAUCAAUAGCCGCGAGAUUACCCAUGAGAUUUUUAACAUGGGUUCAGCUGUUUACUACAGUGUCCUGGGCACUUUUAUCUGCACCGGUCUUCUUCUCGGGACCACAUUCCUCGUGGUGCUCAACAUUGUGAGCGAUAUGGGCGACUUUCAAACACAAAUUGAGGAGGAUCUUAGCCAGUUCAGGACCUUUGCCGAUGAUGCGUGGACUGUGAUGAUGACCACGAAUAAGGCCUUUGCACCACAACGCCACAGCGUCUUCUACGAAGCCAUAGUCCGCAACAAAAGGCAGGGAUCAUACGCCGACGGAGGCGGCCAAGUUGGAGGAGGAGAAGGAGGCGAAGGGUGUCAGUGCGCGGCCAAAGCCGCCGGCUGUCCUCGUGGACCUCCUGGACCUCCUGGACAUGCCGGUAUACCCGGAGAAGACGGUUAUCCUGGAGAGCCUGGCCAUCCAGGUGCUUCAGGUUACGCCGCCAUGUCACAGCACUUAUCCGGGUGCAUUAAGUGUCCAGCAGGACCUCCCGGCGGACCUGGACCUAGCGGAGCACCUGGUCCAGCAGGAGCUCCAGGAAAUCCAGGACAAGACGGACAGGGUGGCGGUUCAGGCCCCGCAGGACCUCCUGGACCUCCAGGAGCACCUGGACAGAAUGGAAACCCUGGUGCACCAGGACAAGAUGGAACGCCCGGAGUACCAGGAACCCGAACAAGAAACUUCCCCGGUCCAGCCGGUGGACCAGGACCUGCAGGAGCACCUGGUUCGCCUGGCCAGAAUGGUAGUAGCUAUGGAGCCGGAGCACCAGGACCAGCAGGGCCACCAGGUCGACCGGGUAACAACGGAAGACCCGGAAGCCCAGGAGCACCAGGACAACCUGGUAGCAAUGGAGCACCUGGACGAGAUGCCGCGUACUGUCCCUGUCCUGGAAGAAGUCGUGGUUGA